AUGGCUUUAAAACGGAUAUUUUCACGUAAAACAAGUGAUGCAUCAUCCAAUGGUGGUGCCACUCAUUUCCGUACACAUUCUCAAUCAAAUGAAUUAAAUGAGCAUGUCAAUACCAAUGAUCAUAGUAACAACAACAACAACAACAGUCAUCCACAUGAUAGACAUGUCCAAUUUACAACAGGAAUAGAUGAUAAUGAAAAAGAUGAUAAUGUUGCACCAUAUUUAACAACAACAUUUCGUCGAGAUGAUAGUUUUCUAGAUCAGUAUCGAACACGUCGACGAUCAAGUGUUCAAUUUCUUGAUAAACGUUUUUUACAAGAUGUUAAACGCAAAAAUUCCACAACAUCAGCUGAUGAAUCUGGUAUACAAAAUGAUUAUCUUUUGAAACCAUCUUUGACAAUAAAUAUUAUUGAUGAUACUACCACCAAUAGUAAUCAGGAAAAUAUUUCGACAGAUGAAGAAAAUUCUAAAGAUCGUUAUCGACAUGAUAGACGUUCAUCGGUUCAAUUUAUUGAUAAACAUAUUAUAUAUGAAUGUGAGAGACGGAGAUCAUCUAGUCAGGGUGUUGAUAUAGAUACAGAACAUCGUUUAUCCAAUGUUGAAUCAGAUUCUACAGCCAGCGAUAGUGAGAGUGAAGAUGAGGGCGGAACAAAUAUUCGAGACAUGGAACAUAGAAAUACAUCUGGAUUUACGGAUUUUGCUGUACGACGAAUUAAACAUGCCAUGUAUGGAAGACGUGAGAUAGAAAUAGCUGAACAAGAAAUGCCUGGACUAAUGGCAUUGCGUAGAAGAGCCGAAGCCGAUAAACCAUUGAAUGGAGCAAAAAUUGUUGGAUGCACACAUAUUACGGCACAAACUGCUGUUUUAAUUGAAACACUGAUGCGUUUGGGAGCCCAAAAUGAAGUAUCAUCAGCAUUGGCCGAAGCAUCUAUUCCAAUAUUUGCGUGGAAAGGUGAAACGGAUGAUGAUUUUUGGUGGUGUAUUAAAAAAGCAAUUGGUAAUGAUGGUGGAUGGCAACCAAAUAUGAUUUUAGAUGAUGGUGGUGAUCUUACUCAUUAUAUGCAAAAACAUUUUCCAACAUUAUUUAAUUCUAUCAAAGGAAUUGUUGAAGAAAGUGUAACUGGUGUACAUCGUUUAUAUCAAAUGUGUCGUACACAUACAUUAGCUGUGCCGGCAAUGAAUGUUAAUGAUUCAGUGACAAAAACAAAAUUUGACAAUUUAUAUUUAUGUCGUGAAUCGAUAAUUGAUGCUAUUAAACGUUGUACAGAUAUUAUGUUUGGUGGAAAACAAGUUGUUGUUUGUGGUUAUGGUGAAGUGGGAAAAGGAUGUUGUUCAGCGUUAAGAGGAAUGGGUUGUUUUGUUUAUGUUACAGAAAUUGAUCCUAUAUGUGCAUUACAAUCAUGUAUGGAAGGUUAUAAAGUUGUACGUUUGGAAGAAGUUGUCAAACAAGUUGAUAUUGUUGUUACUGCAACAGGAAGUAAAAACGCCAUUACACGUGAACAUUUGGAUAAAUUAAAAAAUGGUGCCAUCGUAUGUAAUAUGGGACAUUCAAAUACAGAAAUUGAUGUUAGUUUUUUACGAGAUCCAACAACAACUGAUUUACAAGUUGAACGAGUACGAACAAAUGUCGAUCAUGUUAUAUGGCCUAAUGGAAAACGAAUCGUAUUAAUUGCUGAAGGUCGUAUUAUGAAUUUAUGUUGUUCAAGUGUACCAUCUUUUGUUGUUUCAAUAACAGCAGCCACACAAGCAUUAGCAUUGAUUGAAUUAUAUAAUGCACCACCGAACCGAUAUAAGUGUGAUGUUUAUUUAUUACCAAAAAAAAUGGACGAAUAUGUUGCUAGUUUACAUUUGCCAGCAUUCGACGCACAUUUAACAGAAUUGAAUGAUGAUCAAUGCAAAUAUUUGGGAAUUAACAAAGCUGGACCAUUUAAACCAAACUAUUACAGGUUAAAAUUAAUCAUUUUUAGAACUAAAUAUUCUAGUUUAAAAGUUAAACAGCAUUCUUACUUCGCCGAAAGAUGUUGA